AUGCGGUACCUAGAGGUGUUACUUUUUUGUGUGCUCUUCGGCAUGUCCCUCGCCAAAGAAUACGAAGAGGAUAGAAGCGACGAUGCGUAUUGGAUAUCAUGGUUAAAGUACUACACCACAGAACCAAUCACCAUAGGCUCACGGAUUGGAGGUGAUGAAGAUUCUAUACCCUACGAUAAAAUCAUAGCCCAUACGAAAGAGAAGUUAUUACAGCAGUUGAAGGCUGAGGAAAAACAGAAAAGUGACCAAGAGACGAGCGCUUUACUACAAAAUAUAUUCAACACAUAUAAAGAAGAACCGCCAGUUGAAGUGGAAGAUGCGACAGGUUUAACCCAAGAACCCCAGAAUGAUGAUGAAGCGACAACUUUCCUGGUGAUGAGUCUGUUCCAGGACAAAGAAACCCUGCUUAAGAAAGUACCGGGCUAUAAAAAGGUACCGAUUGAUUUAGAGGGAAAUAUAAUAUAA